UUCCUCUAUAUAAACACAACCCUCAACCUCCUCGACAUCAAUUCAGUCUCUCCGUGAAAACACAGUUUAUCUCUGUCCUUGCUUUCCAGUCCUCUCCAUGGCCCAAUCCGACCUGCAAAGCCAAGUGCUCAAAAUCAACGAACCAUCCCCAAAGGUUCAGAAGCUUGAACAAAAGGGCAUACCUCGGGAAGCCUAUCAAACCCCUCCUCUGUUGCGAGUUAAAAAGCUAUCCGAGAAUGCUGUUUUGCCCUCACGAGCCUCUCCUCUGUCUGCUGGUUAUGAUCUCUCCAGCGCAAUCGAGACGAAGGUACCAGCCAGGGGCAAAGCUAUGAUACCCACAGAUCUGAGCAUAUCAAUACCCGAAGGAACCUAUGCUCGUAUUGCACCGCGAUCGGGUUUGGCCUGGAAGCAUUCGAUAGAUGUUGGGGCUGGUGUGAUCGAUGCUGAUUACAGAGGCCCAGUUGGGGUGAUCCUGUUCAACCAUUCGGAUGUUGAUUUUGAGGUGGAGGUUGGAGAUAGAAUUGCGCAGAUGAUCAUCGAGAGGAUCUUGACUCCUGAAGUGGCUGAGGUCGAUGACUUGGAUUCAACUGUCAGAGGUGCCGCUGGUUUUGGUUCCACCGGCGUUUGAGAAUCCACGGAUGGAGUGGUGUUUUUAGGGUUGAGAAAAAUUAGGUGGUUCUGUUCCUUUGUCAGUUUUCAUUGAUGGGUUUUGUCAUUUUGAGCUCAUUUUUUGUUAUCAGCUUUGUGCGACAAGGCUAGUUAAUGGUGGAAACAUUGUACUCGUUUUUUA